GUCCUGCUUCCCGCCGUUCCUGAGGGAGCUGCUCGGCUGCAGGGUCCACUACACUUCUCUGCUUUCAAGAUGUCAGUGCUUAGCUCCAGCACAGAGGCUGCUGCUUCGACCUAAGCAAAAAAAAAAACAACAAACCUGAGGUAACGUACAUCGUGGACGAGGAUGUUGCUCCUGCCAGGACUUCAGGGAUCAUCUAAGCCUGCAUUUUGCUCUGAAAGAGAAAUUAUUUGUCUGGAGAUACUUAUUUAGACUAUUUGCAGACUACCUACAUAAGGAGAUUUCAUCUCUUCCCAAGUCUCAUGCAGGAAAAGGCAGAUGAAUGAUGAAUCUCUUCACAGUUCUGGUGGUAUUGCUCACCCUGAGGACUUGUUCCAAUACAUACCCACAGCAAGAAUCCAUUGUGUUUCCAGUAACGUAUCUUAACGUUUCCAAGGAUUUGGCUCUUCAGCAGUUGCUGGUGGAAUGGGAUGUUGGCAAGGCAGCACAUGAUGCUGAGCUGGCAAUGUCUUUUGAAAUACAAGUCCAUCGAACGGGUGUAAAAACUACUGUGUGGACAGAGUUUCAUAACGUCACACUUGAUAAAUCAGGAAAGCCUCUUAAUUGGAUAUGGGAUUCAGACUUCCCUCUGGAGUGUAUGUCACAUUCAGUGAGAAUCAGGAGUAAAGCAGACGCAUCAAAAAUCUGGAGUCAGUGGAGUCGGUGGGAGACUGUCCUGGGCCUGGACACUUCGAAUAACAGUGGACCACAAAUAUUUCCAAAUGAAAAAUUUGUAGAGGAAGGCUCUGACAUCAAUCUUUGUUGCAUUGGAAGGAAAGGUCAAACCAUUAAGGGAUUCUUUCUAGACCCAGCUAUCCAUGCUUUCAAUCACACAAACAGUCAAGUUGGACUUCUCACUGUGAAAAAUGUUCCACAUCAAGAAGUGUCUUACAUCACAGUCUACUGUGAAGAGUCUUGCAAAGAAAAGCAGUGCUAUGGUCAUGCAGGGUUUUUUCUGGGUAAACCACCUGAUACACCUAAUGAUUUUUCCUGCCAAACUCAAGACAUGAGAAUAGUAACAUGUACUUGGAGCCAAGGAGGAGACACUUAUCUUUACGGACGCCAUUCACCAAAUUACACCUUGUUUGAGGAGUUUUCCCAAAAACCAGUUCCAUGCACAGCAAGUUGUUCUGAGCAGUGUUCGUGUUCUUGGGAUAUAGGCCAGCAGAGGAUCUGUAAUAUCACAGUGACUGUGGAAAACCCACUGGGAAAGAAAACUGCCACGGAUGUUUUUAAUGUAACUCACAGAAUUUAUCCCGUUGCACCUUUCCAGCUGUGGGAAGAAUGCACAGAUACAGAAAUCACAUUAUAUUGGAAAUAUCAAAACAUAGGAAUCAAACUAUUUUGUCAGACUGAAGUGCUCCAUCCUGAUGGAAAUGUAGAAGUGCAUAACAGUUCAGCCAUGGAUCCCCAGUAUGUCACCCUGGGUGGACUGCAGCCCUACACGGAGUACACAGCCAGAGUACACUGUGGGGCAGCAAAGCACUUCUGGAGGUGGAGUGAAUGGAGUGAAGCCCGAACCAUCAGAACAAAGGAAGCAACUCCAUCAGGGAAACUGGACAUCUGGAGAGAAAUUACUCCAGUUCUAGGUGGGCGGAAUGUGACCUUGUUCUGGAAGGAAACACCAAAUUUUCAAGGUAAUGGAAAAAUUAUUUCAUAUGAAGUAACCUGGGAAAAAGUAGAAGAUGACUCUAAGCCUGAAAGCAUAUCCUUUACAUCUGUCUACAAUAGCACAAGGAUUUCCAUUGAUGACCAUUCCUACAGAAUCAGUAUCAUGGCAAAGAACAAUGUUAAUUAUUCACUUCCUUCAAUAUUGAUCAUCCCUAGAGCUACAGGCACUAAAGAAGAGCUCAGUGGUUCAGAGCUUAAAGAAGAGCAGGUUACUGGUACAGAUGAUGGCAUUUUUAUUUCCUGGGAGCCCAGAUAUAUAUAUGACAGUUACAUUGUCGACUGGUGUAAUUUUCCAAUGUUGCAGCCUUGUGAUUUGCAGUGGAAAAGAUUUGGGCCAAACACUUCCAGUGCUCUGAUCUACUCAGCUGCUUUUGCUCCAGGAGUGAGGUACAACUUCCGCAUUUAUGGAUCUGUUGCUGACAAAGCCUCCUUACUGGAGAAGAAGACUGGUUAUCUCAAGGAGCUACCUCCUCUGCUUGACCCUGUUGUGGAAAACAUCGAACUGACUUCCAAUGCAGUAACACUAUACUGGGAUUCUUAUCCCACAAAUGAGUCACAGCCUGGUUUUGUAAGGGGAUACCAUGUCUAUGUGUCACCUUUACAAGAGGACUGCAGUUUAAAAGGAUCCGAAAAACAUGUUCUUCCAGAUAAUUCAGUGCUAUGUAAAUACACAAUUGAAAACCCGGAAGAAAAGAGAUACACCGUGAAACAUCUCUUGUCAAACACAAAAUACCAACUAGUGGUUAAAGCAUUUACAGGUGGAGGAGAGACUCCCAUUGUUAACUUUAGAUACAUAGAUACACCAUUUAACUCAAAUAUACUGUACCUUUUAGUUCUGCUGGUGACUGUCCCAUCACUAGUAGCAGCUAUAUGCCGCUGGAAGAUGAAAUGGGUGCAGGAGUGCUGCUGUCCUGUAAUACCUAGUCCCAGCAAGAGUAAAGUGCUGUCAUUCAAAGGGUUUAAGAUUGGUUCUGAGAGAGUACUGAAGAUAAGCAGCUCCAAUCCUGACAUACUAGCAGUGGACAGUAAGGCUGAAGCCCAGAAAUCACAUCCAUGGAGCCAGUUGUCUUCAACACCACAAGAAGAGAAGAUUGAUGGUCAUGACUCUUCCUGGACUUACCCUAAGGAAAAUAAAGAGAGAGAAUUUACAUCCACAUAUGCACCUCAGACUCCUAUUUGUUUUGAAAAUUUUGCCUAUUCUUCUCAUCUUGCAGUUGAAUCUAACCCCUACCAAAUAUCGGAGACACUAGAAACAAGCAAACCAGAACUACCUGUUGUGCUGUACCAGCCACAUCACUACUUCAACAUUUGUAAUGAAGAUGCUGCCUCAACACCCCAAGAAACAACUGGCAGAAAGGCCUCUCUCAGAUACAUUUCACGAACAGCGGUGCACUGCAUAGGGAGAAGACUUUGAUGUCCUACCUUCCAUUGAAGCUGUUCAGUGUCUAGUUACAAAAUAUAAAUAAGAAUUCCUAAAAUCACAACUUCUCCUUUUGAUAAAGGCAUUCACAAAUGUAACUGCCCUACUUUUGUUAAUGCUGCAAAGCUCUUGCUUUGGAACUAGUUUAAAAAUACUGACUUUUGCAUGGGAAUUAUGUGUGCUAUUGUUUCAUCACAAGGUAUAGUCAUUACAUAAGAUUUAUAAGAUUUUUGUGGUCUGUGCUGUGUAGAAGGUUUGAUCACAGCCAUUUCUCACAGCCUGGUACAAAAAACUACCAUUAUUUUUCAGAGAUUAAAGAUGUAUUCAGAAAGUAGAGGGGCAAGUUAGACAGAUAGGCUGCUGUGCUCAAGGAGUGUAUUUCUCUUGCAGCAUUCUGUGCAGACUUACUGUGUUCCCUGGCCACCCCUAGCCACUGUGAGUUGUGCAGCUGUGCAUGGAGCGUUACCAGGGGUCUGCCCCAGCACAGGGGUGGGACCAACGGUGAUAUGUAUUUUCCCUCUCUCAAAUAGCAUAAGGAGUCAACCUAGAAGGGUUACCUGCAUUCAAAGUGGUGCAUUACUGAAAGAUACUUGGACUUCUCUAGGAGUGCUACCCUGAGGUCUAAGACUACUCUCCUCUGUGGGACAGCUCUCUGCCUGGACAGCUCUUCAUGGGAUCUGCAGAUAACAAAGGGCUGUGCUGGUGUCCUGGCAGAGAGUUGUCCCUUCCCAGCUACCCUGUGCACCAAAAUCCAGUGUUUUUCUGCUUUUUCUUCACCUGUUGCACAAUUACAACUGGUGGGAGCAAGCACAGAGAACAGAAUUUAUUAGUACAGGCCCCUAUUAUAGGGCUGCCACUCCUAUUUCAGGUCUCUGCUUCCUCUGCUUGGAAGAAUGACCCUUUAAAAUCCUAAACAAAAACUUCUUAACUAAAUAAAGCAAUGUCAGGAGUUAAGUGGGAAGGAAAUGUUUUUCUGGCACGACAGCUGUUUGCACAGGUGUCACUAUGACACUGUCUCUGCUUGUGCACAUGAACUUAACUGCUUUUGGCCUUAACAGCUGCAUGGAGGUAGCAAGCCCCAACCAACCAGGUAAGCAGACAUGGUAGCCAGGUGCACACUGUCUGUGAAUCCCAUUGCUGAGGAACAUCAUAUUCAGGCCACAUAUUAUCUAUAUCUUUCAGGAUUACUUUUGCAUGUAUCAAAAAAAAGUUUUUUAUUCUAAUGCUCAGAAUCCCUACAGUAGGAAGCAGUGAAUUUGGUAUUCCAUUUUGGUUUUAAAAAAAACUGUGUGUUUGUAAUGAAGCAGAAUAGUUGGAAUUUUGUCUUAAAGUCUGAUCAGAUUAACCUCCUUAGUGCACAAGGAACCUUUGGUUUUGCCUCAUUGUACUGCCGUAUGGAAUCUUUCACAAAUAAAAGAGUUUACCUUGAGUUUAUAAGCUGUACUGGUAGAAAAAAGGCCACUACCCAAAUUAAUCUUCUAGCAGUGCAUUGAAAAUAAACAAACAAACAAAUAAAUAAAUAAAUUAAAAAGGCCUGCUUAUUUAAAAAGGUUUGAAAGGUAUCCUAAAUCAGGAGUUACACAUCUAAGGACCUCUGAUACAGAAGUCAGUAAAAAAAGGUCAGGCUAUCCCAUGAAAUGCUGUGAAUUCCAACAUGCUGCAGUUCCUCAUGCAGAGGACAGCUGUAACACUGCACACAUUCCUGCUUUGGACACGCUGUGUCUCCGGGGCUUGGCUGUGGUAACUGCCCAGGGAGCAAGUGGAGGGUGUGCAGGCAGUGGAGCCAGCCCUGCCUUCCUGAUGGUAGGUGAGACACCAUGGCCUGUUCAGAGCUCUCACCUCGGCUCCAAUGGUCUUUCUUGGGAGAAGUUUCAUUAUCUGGAAGCAAGGAAACAUGUCCCAGGUGCCAGGUUGCUUGGCGAUGUGAUGAGCUCCUUUAUCUACAAACCUUUCUGCUCCCUGGCCCUCCUUCAUGAAACGACCUCUGCUUCUAAGCACAUAAGCAGGAUUCCAAGGAGGAUAAUGGUUUUGUGCCAGUCAGAGGGUACAAUCCAGGCAUGAGAACUAGAAAUAAAGAUUAAAAAGGUAUUUUUGCAUGGGUGGGGAGGUGUGUAUAGUUUUUAUAUUUUCUAAGACAUCUAUCUGUCAUCACAUAAUGGAAAAUUAUUAAUUCUCAGCAUCAUUACGCUAAAUUUUUAAAAUAAAAAUGGUGUAAAGACUAUGGUGCAUCCCAGGACAUCUUACAAAGCGAUGAUGUAAAAUAUAUUUUGACAAAUGUUUAUUUGGAAGGCUUCAGGUGGUUCUACUUAAUUAGUAACUUACAAAUAUAAAUAAAAUUCCAACCCACUUUGAGUGCUGAGAGAUAC